AUGUUUUCUUCGGGCUCGGGCGAUGCCAAAGGACGGCAGACAUCGGGCGGCAAGUCCUUCUUCUCGCGCCGUCACCACAAGGACAAGCACAACGAACACGUGCCCGACAGUCCCUCGCUGUCUUCCAACUGGUCGCAGAACCCCCUACCACCUGUGCCCCCUCCGCACCAACAACACCAGUACCACCAGCAGCCCCCCUCGUCGUCGCAUUCGCACUCUUCGCGCCAAUCCAUCGACCAUGGCGGCGGCCUCAUGACUGCCAUCCCGUACGACAGUGUGACGCGAGAUACACGGUCGCCAGUACGAGUCGACUAUUUACCAGAGCACCCUUCACAGCUACCUGCGCCACCGCGGCCGCCGCAACAUGCAUCACAAUACUCGCUGGCCAGCACUGGCCGGACGAGCUCAUACGAGAACUCAAUACAUUCGCAGUAUGACCAAUAUCCUGCCUCGGACAGGGCCAGCGUACGCUCUAGUCACAGCCAUCGCACGUCCAUAUCCAUGCACCCACAACAUUCGCCAUCUUCGUUCCCCAAUAUGUCGCUUGAUUCGACCACCCUCCUUCCUCAAUUAGCUCCUUCAUCCACCCGUGGAUCUCAGCAGAAUGGCUUCCUCAGCGCCAACCAGCCCUCAGCUUUCAGCUCUACCGCAUCCUUCACCCCUGACGGUUUCAAUCUCCAACGACCGACCGACGAUCGCAUAAUCGAGAAAGAGUUUUUGGACCUCAUGCACAAGCGUGGGUGGAAGAGCUUGCCUGAACAGGCGAGGAGACAGAUGGAAGCAUACCCUAUAAACAAGAAAUGGACGUUGGUACAUCAGGACAGGCUGGCCGAAUGGCAGGGCGAACAAAAGAGACGUGCGCACGCAAGGACGUCAAUCAAUCCGGACUCGAGCUUGGGCUUACUGGGUCGCGCGGAUGAGGAGGGAAGUCCUGAAUGGUAUGUUCGCAAAGUCCUCGACAACUCGAUCAGCGCGAAGCAGUUGCAAAGUUUGGCCGUCAGUUUGCGUACCCAGCCAAUCGGAUGGGUCAAGGCAUUUGUGGAGGCACAAGGUCAGGUCGCUUUGGCAAAUGUGCUGGGCAAAUAUAAUCGCAAGCAGACCACCGGUCCGACUAAUGCUUCUGUUAACGACAAAGACUUGGACCGCGAGUACGACAUUGUCAAAUGUCUGAAGGCUUUGAUGAACAACAAAUAUGGUGCAGAUGAUGCUCUCGAACACGCCCCUAUCGUUAAUGCUCUCGGCGCAUCUCUUAUUUCUCCUCGACUCAAUACCAGGAAACUUGUCAGCGAAGUGCUCACCUUCCUGUGUCAUUGGGCAGAAGGAAGAGGCCAUCAAAAAGUCCUCCAAGCUCUGGAUUCGCUAAAAUCUACGCAAGGAGAAAAUGGUCGCUUCGAUGCUUGGAUGCGCAUUGUUGAAGUCACUAUCGAUGGCAGAGGCAAGAUGGGCAGUCUGGUCGGGGCCAGUGAUGAAGUCCGCAGCGGUGGCAUUGGUAUGGAGAACCUGCUCAUGGAAUAUGCUGUGGCUUCCCUGUUCCUCGUCAACAUGAUUGUUGAUGCACCGGAGAGAGAUUUGCACUUGCGAUGCCAUAUCCGUGCUCAAUUUACAGCAUGCGGUAUCAAGCGCAUUCUCAACAAGAUGGAGCAGUUCCAGUACGAUAUCAUCGACAAGCAGGUUGAGAGAUAUCGGGCGAACGAAAUCAUCGACUACGAAGAUUUGCUCGAGAAGGAGAACCAGGUCGAUGGUCAAGAGCCAGAACCCCAGGAUCUUAGCGAUCCUGUACAAAUUGUUCAAGCGAUCAUGUCCAAGGUGAGCGGCAGUCAUUCGGCGGAUUACUUUGUGUCGUCUCUGCAGCACUUCUUGCUCAUGAGAGACAACGAGGCCGAGGAUAGACUUCGUAUGUUCCAACUUGUGGAUGCUAUGUUGAGUUAUGUGGCUAUGGACAGGCGAUUGCCUGAUAUGGAUCUCAAGCAGAGUCUCAACUUUACUGUCCAAAGCUUGAUGGACAAACUGUACACGGAUUCUGAAGCUCGACAAGCAAGAGACGAAGCCUUAGAAGCUCGCCAGAUUGCCGAAUCAGCAUUGGCAGAGCGUGACGAGCUGAGAGCCCAACUUGAGCUCGGUGCAGAUGGCUUGGUCAAGAAGCUCACACGCCAGCUCGAGGAACGUGAUUCAGUUGUCCAGAUCCAACAACGCCAAAUCGAAGGCCUGAAAGCGGAGCUUGCAGAAGUACAGCGCGUGAGAGCUCUAGAAUUGCAACGAAACGAGCUCGAGACCAGAGAGCUAUAUCUUAUGCUGCGUGACGCUCAAGAUAUCGCAGCUUCAUCAGCGAAGAACGGCAACAAAAAUGGGGUUGCAGCUGAUGCAACCCAGAUGCAAGGUAUCCUGGAUCGUGAAAAGCUCAUGGACCGUCUGGAGAUGCAGCUUGAAAGAGCAAAGACACAGGCAAAACUCGAAGGCAAAGUCUGGCAACAGGUUGACCCCUCGGAUAAGCUCCGUGAACUGCGUGAGAAGAUGGAUGGCCCUGGUGGACCCACCGGAGCACUUCCCGAGAGCUUGCCUGAUGGUUACAUCGGAAGUGUUUCCAGAACAGCAAGAGGCGGCAUCACUCGUAAGCCGCUUCCUAGUCAAUCUCAAACAGACGGCGAUGUAUCGCUGGAUGAGGAUGACGAGGAUGCCACUGUGUAUGAGAAGCCUCGUAUUGUUGAGAUGAAGCGCCCGAAGAUCAGCUCGGCUCAUGCUCAGGCUGGUUAUCUCAACGACAUUGUUAACAAAGUACGCCGCAUCGAUGCCAGCGACGAUGAAGAAGACAGUACGGUCACUGGCCCUUCACACUCCAGGAACAUCAAAUUCGAUGGCGCAGUGCCUCCACCUCCUCCACCAAUGCCUGGCUUUAAUGGAGCUUCUGCUCCGCCUCCACCACCUAUGCCUGGUUUCAAUGGCGUUGCUCCUCCCCCAGCCCCGAUGAUGCCAGGCUUCAACGGAGCUGCACCUCCUCCACCGCCUAUGAUGCCAGGCUUCAAUGGCUCUGCUCCUCCUCCGCCACCCCCACCGCCUGGUAUGGCUGGAUUUUCUUCUGGCGGCCCACCACCGCCUCCAAUGCCUGGUUUCUCAGGCCCGCCUCCCCCGCCUCCACCAGGAAUGCCCGGCUUCUCUACCGGCGGUCCUCCUCCGCCCCCGCCCCCGCCUGGAUUUGGCGGACCACCACCUCCCCCUCCUCCAGGCAUGCCGGGCAUGAUGGCUGGUGGACCACCCCCGCCGCCGCCUCCUCCAGGAGCACCUCCUAUGCCUGGAGCCAGACGCGGCGGAUUCUUGCCUCAAGCUCAAUAUGCAGCUACCUCAAGCAUCGGUAUGGGAGUUGCAAGACCUAAGAAGAAGCUCAAGGCUUUGCAUUGGGAGAAGGUCGAUUCUUCCGAGUUCACCAUGUGGGCUUCGCAUGCACCUACACAUGAGGCGAAGGAAGAGAAGUAUGCCGAACUUAGCAAGAAGGGUAUUCUUGACGAGAUUGAGCGCCUGUUCAUGGCCAAGGAGAUCAAGGCGAUUGGCAAGAAGGAGAAGAAGAGCGACAAGAAACAGAUCAUGCCCAGCAACCUUAUGCAGACAUUCCAGAUCUCACUGGCAGUCUUCUCGCAACGGCCGUUGGAAGAUGUUGUCCGCAUGAUCAUUCACUGCGAUAAGGAAGUGUUGGACAGUCCUGUCGUCAUGGAUUUCUUACAGAGAGAAGACAUGUGCACAAUUCCUGACAACACAUCCAAGCUCAUGGCACCUUACAGCAGAGACUGGACUGGACCAGAUGCACUGAAAUCAGCGAGAGAACAGGAUCCUUCGGAACUGACGCGCGAAGAUCAGAUCUACCUCUACACAGCCUUUGAAUUGCACCACUACUGGAAGGCCAGGAUGAGAGCAUUGGCAUUGACCAAGAGCUUCGAGCAAGAAUACGACGAGGUCUCUGACAAGCUGAAGACGGUCUGCAACGUAUCAGAAUCCCUCCGUGACUCUGUUCGUUUGAUGCCUGUCUUUGGUCUCAUUCUAGAUAUCGGAAACUACAUGAACGACUCCAACAAACAAGCCAUUGGUUUCAAGCUUAGUUCGCUCGCUCGUCUUGGUAUGGUCAAGGACGAUAAGAACGAAUCCACCCUGAUGGACUAUGUCGAGCGUGUUGUGCGCAGACAGUAUCCUCAAUGGGAAGGCUUUACGGAAGACAUUGGCGCCGUCGUGGGAGCUGCCAAGUUGAACGUCGACCAGCUGAUGGUUGAUGCUAAGAAGUACAUUGACAACAUCAAGAAUGUGCAAAUGUCCUUGGAUGCUGGUAACCUCAGUGACCCACGCAAAUUCCAUCCCGAGGACAGAGUCAGUCAAGUGGUUCAGCGAUCAAUGAAGGAGGCAAGAAGAAAGGCAGAACAAAUGGAGUUGUACCUCGAAGAGAUGAAGAGAACCUACAACGACAUCAUGACCUUCUUUGGCGAUGACAACCAAGACGAAUCGGCGAGGAGAGAGUUCUUCUCCAAGCUGGCUAAUUUCGUCAAUGAGUAUAAGAAAUCGCACGAGAAGAAUACCGCUCAAGAGGAAACACAACGGCGCAAUGAAGUUUCAAUGCGUCGCAAGGCCCAAGCUAGUCAAUCUGCUCUCGAGAAGGCCACUUCAGAUCCUGCCGGCCCUCCUUCACCAGCUUCGCAAGGUGCCAUGGAUACGUUGUUAGAGAAGCUUCGCGCCGCCGCUCCUGCUACUAGAGAUACAAGAGAUCGCCGACGACGAGCCCGCCUCAACGAACGCCAUCAACGCCGUGUAGCUUCUGGUCAACAAAUGCCUGAGAUCGCCGGCGUAACAUCACCCACAGACGAUGGCGAUUUCCUCUCACCAACUUCGGAUGUCGCACCAGAUCGUCCAUCAACAUCUGACAGCACAACACUUGCUCCUCAUGUCGAAGAAAACGACAAGGGUGCCAUCAGCGAAGGAGAAGACGUCGCAGAUCGAGCCGCCAGCCUUCUGCUUGGCCUCCGCGGCAGCACAGGCGACAACGACGAACCGCCUCUCCCCCGCGACGGCGAAAAUCUGCGCGUCCGCCGCCGUCGCGAUCACGCAGAAGGUGAGCGCGAGCGCCGCCGCCGAAGACGUGCACCAGGCACCAGCACCGCCUCCACCGACGGACGACCCCAAACCGGCAUCAGCGAGGCCAGCGCCGAUCAUCAUGACGAUGACACCAGAUCUGAGAUUGGAGAUUCCAGGUCAGAAGCAGGCAAUGGAGAUGUUGGGGACGGAUUGAAGAUUGAUGUGCAACUCAUGACGCCGUUGGCUAGUCCUGCGUUGACGUCUCCACCUAUCACUAUUGUUAGUCCGCCGUCGCCUACGAACACUGCAGAGAAGAGAGAUAUCAGCACGCCGAUUGGGAGCCCGAGGUUGUCUUGA